UAUAAUUAAGAUAAAAUUUACAAUUUGCAUCAGAAAGAGUGUUUUUUAUCAGGUAAAAUAAAUUUAGAUAUGUGUGUCUUUGUUGAAUUCGAAUCUUGAACGCAUCACAUUUGAUUGAAGAUUACAGUUUCGUGCUUAUAGCUAAGAAGUUGCGGCGAGCUUGCAAAGUAUUGCCUACAUAAUUCAGAUGGACUUCAACAUAAAGCUGGUUGUUUUAUUAUUUGUUUGUUUCCAAGCGAUCCACAGUAGUGAGGGGAAGAAAAAACCAGCAACUUUGAAUGUUCUUACAUUUAACGUUGCCCUUCACGAGUCCGAACAGUUUGCAAUAGGAACGAGAGAGCCUCGCAAAAGGAAAAUAAUCCGCGCCCUGAAAAAAUCAGAUGCUGAUCUCAUUUGUCUCCAGGAGGUGUUUAUUGGUGAGGAUGUAGAAGCUAUUGUUAAUAACCUGAAAGAACAGUUUCCAUAUUCCUAUAGUGAAAUGCAUACUGCUGUAAAUAAAUUGCCACCACAGGCAAAGAAGAAAACCUCGCCACCUUGUGAUUAUGCAAAUUUGAGCGCGUAUAUUGCGUGUGUGAAAAACAGCACUUGCUAUCCAUUGAAUAUCUCGUGCAUAACGACCACGUGCACGCCUGAGGUAGAAAACCUUUUUCGGUUUGAAGAUCAAGGGUGUUUUACUUGUAUAGCUGAAUCAAUGUGGAAUGUUGAAGCAUGCGGAGCGGAAAAACCUAUCAUUGGAGGUAGGCAGGUGAAUAACGGAGGUCUUAUUCUGUUAUCGAAGAAAAAACUGUAUCGUACAUCAUUUAAAGACUACCAUCCGACAACUAGAGAGUCCUAUUUCAGAGGCUAUAUCAAAACUAAGAUAAGAAAUUUUGCCGACGUGCGCUGCACACAUCUUAAGUCUACCAAUUUUCCAUAUUUCUUCGAACCUGAACUGCAAGCAAUAGGGUUCAACUCAUUAGAAGAGGUACAUACUCAUCAAACAAAAGCGUUGAUAAAAAGUUUGAAGAAAAAACGACCAGCAAUAAUAUUGGGUGAUAUCAACACUGGUCUUGCAUUUAAACCUAAACUCAUGGCCCGAAUCCCAGAAAAUUAUAUUGCAUUACUAAAGCAGUUUACAACAAGACCAGCGAAUAGAUACACGUAUAAAGAUUGGACAGAUGAAUCUAAUAAAUCCAUUACUGAUCACGUGUUUGUUAGAGACCUUAUCAUACGUAAAACCAAGAGAUUAUAUAUUCCUAAGGACGGAAAACUGCAAAUGAGUGACCAUGUAGGUGUGCAGUCGGUUGUGAAACGAGCAUGUUGAACGGUUGUUUCUUUGACAUCGUAUAUCGUGUAUCUGUAUUAAAUAAAACAUGAAAUA